UUCACAAUAAGCUCAGGUGUUUUGAAAUAUUUUGAUCUCUUCACAUGGAGCCGAGUCAAAAGUGAAACGGAAGUGUGAAGCAGCUUAAAGAGAGAACGCAGACCCAGACGCACCCAGAACUAACCGAGCAACAACUGAGACAACAAGAGGUCCCCGCAGCUUUCAGCCCCUCUUCGUCAUGGCGGGAUCAAAUGAAACCAGGAUUGUCCUGCUGGGAAAAACUGGCAGUGGGAAGAGCAGCCUUGGAAACGCCAUCCUGGGAGAGAGUCUGUUUGAAGCAAAGACAUCUCCAAACUCUGAGACAGAUGAAUGCCAAGCAGAGUCUAAACUUGUCAACGGAGCUCCUGUCGAAGUCAUCGACACUCCCGGCUUCUUUGGAAACAAUCUGGAUGAAGAGAAGCUGAAGAGAGAAAUUAUAAAGUGUAUCGAACUGUCCGCACCUGAGAUUCACGCCUUUCUCAUUGUACUGGAAGUGAAUCGAUACGCAGACCAGGAGAAGGAGGUCAUCAGUAAAAUAAAGAAGUAUUUCUCAGAUGAGGCUCUGAAACACUCUGUGGUUGUGUUCACACGUGGUGACCAGCUGGAUGAAGGGCAGAAGAUUGAGGAUUUUGUUCAGGAGAAUCCUGAUCUGAGAAGGCUGGUGGAGAAGUGUGGAGGCAGGUGCCACGUUGUGGAUAAUAAAUACUGGAGAGAUCAGCAGGAUGGUUACAGGAGCAACAGGUUUCAGGUGAAUCAGCUUCUCAACACGAUACAGACGAUGAAAAACAGUCAGGGCGGAUACACCAACAACUUACUACAGUUAGUGGGAGAAGAGAAAGCAAAAUCGCCCUUGGUCCAGAUUUUGAAGAUAUCAGCUGGAGUCACUGUAGGAGCACUGCUGGGAGCACUUUUUGGUGGUGUUAAAUUAUGUAACAUUGGUGCAAGUGCAUUGGCUGCAGUGGGUGGAGGUGCAUUGGGUGGAGGUGUAAUCGGUGCAAGUAUAGCUUACAACAGUGAAACAUUAGAGGAAGCACUGCUGAGAAUACCGGAUGAAGUUUUCAUGGUAGGAGAAAAAGUACUGACAAUAUUAAACAAUUCCAGACACUCUGCUGGAGGAGUUAUAACAAACUUUGAAGCCUCAGAAAAUUAAAACAUUAAAUGAGCAAAGCAAGAUUAGGAAGGAAGUGAAAACAUGAUUUGCUAAUAAAGAAAAUGUCUAUGUUUCACAAAAACGAUUAACAUAUUUUUUUUUCUUCCUUUAACUUUUUGUGACUGAUUUUUUAUGGAAAUUUUCUUGGAAGUAAGUGAUUAUUUGAUUAUCAAAAGGGGGGAUUGUAAU